CUCCAUCCCUGGCUGCGGACCGCAGGGAUGUUCCCGGCUCAGGAGGAGGCUGACAGGACGGUGUUUGUGGGCAAUUUAGAGGCCCGAGUGCGGGAAGAGAUUCUUUACGAGCUGUUCCUUCAGGCUGGGCCGCUAACCAAAGUGACUCUUUGCAAAGACAGAGACGGAAAGCCGAAGUCCUUUGGCUUCGUCUGCUUCAAGCAUCCCGAGUCCGUAUCCUAUGCCAUAGCUCUGCUGAAUGGAAUUCGUUUGUAUGGGAGACCAAUUAAUGUGCAGUAUCGGUUUGGGAGUUCUCGCUCUUCUGAACCAGCCAAUCAAGGUUUUGAGAGCUGUGCUAAGAUGAACUCACACAGCUUCAGGAACGAUGAAAUGGCCAGCAGACCUUCCUUCCCCGUGCCGUUUUUCCCAAUUACGAGUGCGGCCUUACCUCAAGAGUAUUUUUUCUUUCAAAAAUUGCCUUGGUACACACACAGUCCAGUGCUGCAGCUGCCUUUCUGUGAGAUGCCGGCCCCACUUCCCAACAGUGCGCCUGGGUCAGGCUCCUUAAAUCACGCCUCAGGCCCAGAAGCUGGACCCAGCUCCUAUGAGUGGACUCAUCAGCCACCAAGCGACCCUGACCUGUAUCCUAGGAAUAAACGGAAGAGGCAAAGGCCAGACAGCGACAGCGACAGUAGCUCAGAAGACAAGAGAAGAAACGAAGAUAGCCAAAAGUGCCGCAAGUGUAAAAAGAAGAAAAGAUACUAACGAACUGUAUCUGCACUGCUCUUAAACCUCUCUAGAAAAACAAAAAAGAGAGAGAAUCUGUCGCACCAAAUGACCGAUUUCUUGUCCAGCUUGUCAUUUUUGAAAACGUAUGGAAAUAUGACUCUGUGAUUUGCAAUUCAGUUUAUUAUUCAUGCUCACGAAUGACAAAAGCCUUUAAAGAGUAAUAUAUUGUUUUGCUUUUGUAUUUGCAAGAUUGCCUUGGGACCAUUGUCUCACCGAAGGCUUUCCACCAGUGCAGGUGGGCUGGCCUCAGAGGGGUUGGGGACAGAACUAAUGGGAAUAAUUAAAAACAGUGUGCUCUGGUAACUAUGUAGCAAGGAUGCUUGAGUUCCCGUUGUAACUGACAUUUUCCUUUUUAUGUCUAAAUAUGCUAUCUCUGAACAUCGCUAUCACAUAGCCUUGUCUGUAAGCAUAUGACACUCAGCCUAUGACAGGAAAGAUAGCUGUCAUAGGCUCAGUGUCAUGUGCUUAACGGCAAGGCUAUGUGAUUAUUCAUGUUUUCUAUGAUUUUUAUUUGAUAUAAUUAUCUGUGUAGAUCACACUUAUUGUUUGUAAGGGCACUCAGUUGAUGGUUUCAGUAUCUACUCUCUAGUUCUCCCAGCAGGGGUGGAAAGCACAUAAUGACUGUGUAAAUUGCUGUGAUGAGCAAGUGUAUAAAAGGAUGCCGCAUAUACUUAAAGCCUAUUGUCCAAGUUUGUACGUUUAAUUCACUUAUUUUAGAAGAUAAAUGUACAUCAUUUCAAAUGAGCGGUGUAUGUCAACACUUUUGUUAACUUGACAGCUUACCAUGAACUAAAAUGAUGAAGAUGAUAUAUUUAUUAAAGCUAAUUGAAAGGAUAAUGCAAACCCAUUAUGAAUUAUCUACUCAGUUCAGGAGAGAAUAAGGCACAUGUUGGUGUGACCUUUGCAUGUUGCCCAUUCUUUCACACAUAUUAUUUAUUUAAUGAAUAAAAGGAUCUUUAACCAACAAAAUAACUGGUAAGGAGGAUAUAAGUGGUGAUUAUGACAAAUACAAGCUUAUCGAUAUAAAGACCUAAAUUGUGCUGCAUGGAAC